AUAAGUUGCAUUUUUCAGUGCCAUUGUAACUUUGAACAGUCACUAAAUGAACUGUUGUAAGUCAAGGACUCCCUAUAAUUUAUAAUAUCUGUGAUAGUCUUUGCUUUUUUUUUAAUUAAGAAUUUAAAUAUGCCAGUAGGGCCAACUGCAUUCUCAGCCAUCCCCAAAUAUGCCCUCUUAAGAUACAGAGCUACUAAAAAACAAAAAUCAGUCCUGUUGCGCUUCACGUGUCCUACCCUGUGGAAUCACAUUAUGCAUGCAUUCCAAAUUUUGUUCCUGGUUCUUGUUUCCCUGGAGAAGGAAUCCCUGUUUGUCCUUUCAUUCAUGGGAGCUGUUGGUUGUUGAAGAAUUCCUUCACCUCAAAGAGGGUCACUCCAACCUAAGCAGAGAGGGAGCUGAGCAUGCAAAGUGGAGGACUUGGAAUAAUUCUCGAGUUGCACUGCGAUUUUUAUUUUUGGCAGUGCAGUCGCCACAGUGUGAGUGAUCCACAACAAAUUAAAAGAGAACGUGAGACGCUGCUAUGUGGUUUAAUUACUGGCCGUCAAACAACACUGGGAAUUCUUUCUCAAGGUGGGCUUUGGGAUUUGAUCUGCUGGGUUACUCUUGGUUAGAAGACGUUGACUGUGCAAAUGACGGUUAAGCAUUUUGUCAUCUUAGAAUAAUCUUUUGGAAGGCUCCUAAAAAGAAGACCAAAAUGACCAAAACUGAAGAACUGCCAGAUAACCAUACUUCUGAAGAGUUUUAUGAAAAAUAUGAACCUAAGGAAAUUUUAGGAAGAGGAGUAAGCAGUGUUGUCCGCAGAUGCAUUCAUAAAGUCACUCGACAAGACUACGCUGUUAAAAUUAUAGACAUCACAGCUGGAAAUCUCUCUCCACAAGAAGUUCAGGAGCUGAGAGAAGCCACUCUAAAAGAAAUCAAUAUCCUCCAGAAAGUGUCUGGACAUCCUAACAUUAUCCAGCUGAAGGACAGCUUUGAAUCUCACACCUUUUUCUUCCUGGUGUUUGAUUUAAUGAAGAAAGGGGAGUUAUUUGAUUACCUUACAGAGAAGGUCACCUUAAGUGAGAAGGAAACUAGGAAAAUUAUGCGUGCUCUUUUGGAAGUGAUCCAGUUCCUUCAUUCCUUGAACAUAGUCCACAGAGAUCUCAAACCAGAGAACAUCCUGCUAGAUGACGACAUGAACAUCAGACUCACUGAUUUUGGCUUCUCAUGUCAGCUGCAGGAAAAUGAAAAACUCAAAGAGAUCUGCGGCACUCCUGGCUACUUGGCUCCAGAAAUACUAGAAUGUUCCAUGGAUCCAGAUCAUCCAGGUUAUGGGAAGGAAAUUGACAUGUGGAGUACAGGAGUCAUCAUGUAUACCUUGCUGGCUGGAUCUCCUCCUUUCUGGCACCGGAAGCAGAUGCUGAUGUUAAGAAUGAUCAUGAAUGGAGAUUACAAAUUUGGGUCUCCAGAGUGGGAUGACCAAUCAGAUACAGUCAAAGACUUGAUUGCCCACUGUUUAGUGGUGAAGCCGCAGAAUCGUUACACGGUACAGGAUGCCCUCACCCACCCCUUCUUCCAGCAGUACAUGGUGGAGGAAGUCCGGCACUUCAGCCCCUUCCGGAAAUUCCGGGUCAUCUGCCUGACUGUUCUGGCCUCGGUUCGGAUCUACCUCACCUAUCGUAACCUUAAGCCAAUCACCCCGGAUGUACUGCAGCGUGACCCCUACGGACUGAAGCCGGUCCGCAAACUGAUUGAUGCUUGUGCCUUCCGGAUCUACGGCCAUUGGGUGAAGAAGGGAGAAGCUCAAAACAGAGCUGCCCUCUUUGAAAACACUCCCAAAGCCAUCCUGCUCAGCUUGGCUGCUGAAGAGGAACUUCUCUGAUUUCCAAAAUCUCCAGGGAGAAAGCAAUUCAAACAGCCUUUGGCAUCUUCCUAAUGGGCUGACCUGGGAAUUCCAGCACGGUCCCAACACAUGUGCUGACUUCAACUCCCACAAUUCCCCAGCGAGCAAAGAUGGAAAUGAGAUAGCAAAAUGUAAAGCUGAAUAUAGAUAAGAAUGCCUUUUCACUAAGUGCAUUAUUAGUAUUAUUAUUGUUGGUCAUGCAAUCAGUUUAGACUGGAUCUGGCAUUUUUGUUUACCAGUUACAGGUAGCCUUUGACUUACAACCAUUCAUUUAGCGACUGUCUGAAGUUACAACAGGACUGAAAAAAGUGACUUGCAACUGGUCCUUGUGCUUACAACCCUCACAGUAUCCCCACAGUCAUGUGACCAAAAUUCCAGCACUUAGAAUGGAGUACAGGUAGUCCUCGACUUACCACAGUUCAUUCAGUGACUGUUUGAAGUUAUAACAGGACUGAAAAAAGUGACUUAUGACC